UGGUCGGCUCUCACGCAAGUCUACGGUCACACGGUACUAGUCACAUGACUAGUGCGGGAAGUGGAGAGAAGAUCAUGUUAUUCUGGCGAUUGAGCCACACAAACUGUAGUUGUGUCUUGUCACUACAUUUAUACGGUACCUAGCUACCUAGCUAGCUUGUAUUUAGGACAAUGUUAAGAUACGUCGCGCACAGAACUGAUAUAUCCAUUUUCGGAUUUUAUUAAUUUUUAAUGCUAGUGUAGGCUAACGGAUCGUGUGCAAUUCCUUUUGGUGGCUAAUUAAUUUAUGUACUUUGAGCCGUCACCAUGGCUACUUCUGAUCAUUAUAAUUGCAACCACGGCAGCUCAGAGAAGGAGCACUUGCUCACAUCGGUGGCUCGCUAUGGCUCCAGCGAGCCCGGCGGGGAGCGCGGCAGCCCCAGGCCGAGCCCGGGCGGCGGCUGGCUGGGCGCUCAGCUGGAGGAAGAGGAAGAGCUGCGGCUCAAGCUCAAGUACUUCUUCAUGAGCCCCUGCGACAAGUUCCACGCCAAGGGCCGCAAGCCCUUCAAACUGGGCCUGCAGAUGCUCAAGAUCGUCAUCGUCACCGUGCAGCUGGUGCUGUUUGGACUGAGCAACCAGAUGGUGGUCACAUUCAAGGAGGAAAACACAGCCACUUUCAAGCACCUCUUCCUCAAAGACUACGAAGACGGGUCGGACGACUCGCUCGCCGUGUACACGCAGGACGACGUCUAUGCCCACAUCCACUACGCCGUAGAGCAGUACCUGGCGCUGCCGGAGACCACCGUGGGGCGCUACGCGUACGUGUUUGGGGUCGGGGUGAACGACAGCGCCCUCUCCCUGUGCCAGCAGUACUUCAAGAGGGGCCGCAUUGACCCGGCCAACGACACCUUCAACAUCGACCCUCACGUUGUCACGGACUGUAUUGGAGUAAACCCCUUAGCCAUCCACCCAUCAUCCUAUGGCAGAGACUACAGGAACUUCACCCUGAAAUUCCACAAGCUCAUCAAUGUGACCAUCGGGUUCCAGCUGAAGGCCAUAAACAUCCAGACCAUAAUAAACAACGAGGUCCCCGACUGCUACACCUUCGCCAUCACGAUUGUUCUGGAUAACAAGGCUCACAGCGGCAAAGUGAAGAUCAGCCUGGACAACCAGGCCUCCAUCAAGGAGUGCAAAGACCCCAACGUGUCUGGACAUGCGGAAAACUACACGCGGCUGGCGUUUGACGGCGUUGUAGCGGUGGUGUGCUCGCUGUCCCUCCUGCUGUGUGGCCGCUCCAUCCUCCGGGGAGUCAUGUUACAGCAUGAGUAUGUCCAGUACUUCAGGAACACGUUGGGGCGCAGUGUGAGCUGGGGAGACAGGUUGGAGUUCAUCAAUGGCUGGUACAUCCUGCUCAUCAUCAGCGACAUCUUCACCAUCACCGGCAGCUUCAUCAAGAUCGGCAUCGAGUCCAAGAUCCUGAUCGUGACCCUCCGGGCUGCUUUCCCCAACGUGAUCCGCUUCUGCUGCUGCGUGGCAGUGAUCUACCUGGGCUACUGCUUCUGCGGCUGGAUAGUACUGGGGCCGUACCACGUCAAGUUCCGCUCGCUGUCCAUGGUGUCGGAGUGCCUCUUCUCCCUGAUCAACGGGGACGACAUGUUCGUCACCUUCUCCGAGAUGCAGGACAGCAGCACGCUGGUGUGGGUCUUCAGCCAGGUCUACCUCUACACCUUCAUCUCCCUCUUCAUCUACAUGGUGCUCUCCCUCUUCAUCGCCCUCAUCACCGGAGCCUACGAGACCAUCAAGCAACAAACGCACGAGCCGUUACACAUGACCGACCUGCACGCCUUCAUCGCCGAGUGCACGGACACGCCCAGCUCCGGAAAGUUCCGCGGCCUGGAGACCUCGCCCUGCUCCUUCUUCUGCUGCUGUGACAGAACUACUACGUACGAGGACGUCCUUUUGGUGAACUGACCGUGGAGUAUGGCGCCGGUGCCCUCUACUGGUCAUGGCACACUACUGCAUACCACUCGGUACCUGAAGCUGUGGUUUGGAAGUGCGCACACAGACUGAUGCGCACGCAUUUUCUCCCAUUUCAUGCACUUCUAAAGCCUGAUUGACACGACGAUGGGCGGGGAUUGGCUGGACUGGAAUUCCAUUGGAGGCGUGCCCUGUGACUUCAGCAACGUAUAGCCUGGGCUGCGGAGUGGCCUGGUGUAAUGUAGUAGAAUCCUUGUCCCCCUCCGACACUUAAUCCUAUCAUCUACUCGCUCCCUGUCACAAAGAUGUCAGUAUUUUAUCAGAAUGGGGCCAUGUCGAGGAUAGUGCCAAGUUCAAAAGAGCAGAGUCAGUGAAGAGCAACACCGGCAUCAGGUACAUCCGUUAUGGAGUGCAGUGGGCCAAUACUCUAGCCAUUCAUUUUUAACUUUUUAUUUUGUUUGGGUCUCGUGUGUCUAUACACGUAUAGAUUUUGUGUACGGUCUACACAGUGUAACAAACUAAACCUCUUUCCCGUACUGUAUCAAAGUCAUUUUUCUACCAGUUGAGGUAAUUUUAUUGUGUGAGAGGCGGCGUACGUAGGGGCCAGUUAACGUGAUUCCUCUCAGCUCUCUGACGCAUGGAUGUUUUAUUCUGAAACAUGUGUGUGUAUUUGUUUAAUGAGCUGCAUGCAGGGAAUACAGGUUUCCCCCUGUCUUCAGGCGAGAUGCCAGACGUUGUCCCAUGACAACCCUUGCCCUGUGUCCUCUCUCCCGGCACAGAUGCCUUAGGUUUCGGUGAAUAAACAGAGGGCCCGAAGUGUGCGCAGGUUGAAACUGCUGCCAGUCAGAAAAAGGUGACGCUGCUAGCGAUCGGUUCCACGCGGCGUGUAGAACGUACGUUCGGAAUUCACGACUAAGCCUUAUGGGCACACGCCGUUUUACAGGGAAAAAAGCAGGAAGGAAGUGACCGAUGUUUCAUUUUAAAGUGGGGCCGUCGUGUUUAUGGGCAGGGUGAGUCAGGGUGCAGUGAACACACCCUCUCGCGCAGAUCGGCUCAGCACUCUCCGUCUCUGAGAGACUGCAGCCCUGCGCGGAGAGAACGAACAAGCCUGCCUGACCCACUGACCCGGGAAUCAGGAGACACACCACAACAUGAUGAAACAAGGUCAUUUUUUUCCCCCCUUGAAUGUUUUUUUUUUCCUCUUUUAAAUAAUUGAAUUUAUUGGAUGACGGAGAGCGGUGGAUCAUAUUUGACUAAGCUGAGGAGGAGGAGGGUCUGUGACUGCAUGAUAAAAACAGUCGUUAUAAUGAUGAAGGAAUAACGAGGAUGCUCAGACAGAAAGGGGUCCACGAUGUCUACCCAGAAUGCCUAUAACUUUAUGUCUCUAUGUCUUUAAUGAUGUCGACUUGAAAAACUCUAACUCAUGAUUGUUUAUUGAAAAGCAUUUUUUAUUUAUUUUUUCGUCUUUUUUAUUUUAUUUUUUUUAGUGUUUUUCCUGUUUUGUUUUUAUUUUCGCAACAAACGCACAAACAAGAGUGUGAUCUUCUCUGCGUACGCAGGACACUCAUUCACUUUUCGGUACCUGGCACUUUUUUUUUUAAAGUGAUUAAUUUUAUCAUUGUAUUAAUCUUCCUGCAAUAGCACGUAGCACACAGUUCGGGGGUAGACACAAGCAUGCCAGCGGUCUGCCAAAAACGCUGCAGUGAGAGAGGACUGCCUCCGUUCCUCUCCUCCAGUGGAGAGACCCAGACUACGAUUCAGCAGUCCGCACAUCGCAGAACAUUGCAUCGUGGGACACGGCAUGAGCUCGAGACUUCGGAGUGCUGCUUGACAGUCCCAGCUCUGCAUUCCGUCAGCCCGCCUCCCUCUUCCGAAAUGUUUUUUUGGGCCAGUUCAUGUGGGCCAGUACCGCCCCCCCCGUGUCCUUGCCCGUCUGUUGCAGUCGUGCGUGUUGUACGGGUACGUCAAACGUUUCGGGAAGUGCAACUGCUGUUCCCCUUGAGGAGUGACCGUCUAAAUCAAGUCACGGCCUUGUCUGUGUAUACGGUGUAAAUUAUAUACGUGGUUUAUAUUCAGAGGUAUCGAUGUGCUGUCUUGUCUUCGUUUGUGUCCUUUGGUUUAAUGUUUUACAGUGUCUGUAAUAUGUACACAAGGACUCCAAAAAAUGCAAGACGCUGUAAAACGUUUAACUGAAUGAGCUCCAGUUUUCUGGCGUCAAGAAGCGUACGGAGCUGGAGUGGCCAUCCAACCCUUUGAACCGAUUCCUGUGCCGCGCUCUUCGAAAGAUGUAAAUCCUCUGAUUAAAACACUAAACACUUUGUCUCUCUGAA